UGCUGGCAACUGGUGUAGAUAUUUCUAAAUCAAUUAUUUCCUUUAUCUUGUUUAUGUACUCUGACUCUGUGAGAGAGUGUUUGUACUUUGUAGUAGCAAGCGAGCAUGGCCCCGAAGAAGGUUCUUCUCCUUUGCGGGGACUUCAUGGAAGACUAUGAAGCCAUGGUUCCAUUUCAGGCAUUGCAAGCCUUCGGUCUCGCCGUCGACGCCGUCUGUCCCGGAAAGAAAUCCGGCGAUGUCUGCCGCACCGCUGUCCAUGUACUUGCCGGCGCCCAGACUUAUAGUGAGACGGUUGGUCACAAUUUUUCACUCAAUGCAACGUUUGAUGAAGUUGAUGCUGCAAGCUAUGAUGGGUUGUGGGUGCCAGGUGGGAGGGCUCCAGAGUAUCUUGCUCAUGUUCCUGGUGUUGUGGAACUGGUGACCAAGUUUGUCAGUUUGGGAAAACAAAUUGCUAGCAUUUGUCAUGGACAGUUGAUUCUGGCUGCUGCUGGAGUGGUUAAAGGCCGCACGUGCACGGCUUUUCCUCCUGUUAAACCCGUGCUAGUUGCUGCUGGUGCUCAUUGGGUUGAACCUGACACUGAGGCAGCAACAGUGGUAGAUGGUGAUCUCAUUACUGCAGCUACUUAUGAGGGGCACCCGGAGCUCAUUCGCCAUUUCGUGAAGGCAUUAGGAGGCAAAAUAAGUGGUUUUGAUAAGAAAAUCCUCUUUAUUUGUGGGGAUUACAUGGAAGAUUAUGAGGUCAAGGUUCCUUUUCAGUCCCUUCAGGCUUUAGGAUGCCAUGUUGAUGCUGUUUGCCCCUCAAAGAAGGCCGGUGACACUUGCCCAACCGCUGUUCACGAUUUUGAAGGGGAUCAAACUUACAGUGAGAAACCAGGACAUACUUUUGCUUUAACAGCUACCUUUGAUGAUGUGGAUCCCUCAGGUUAUGACGCUCUUGUCAUCCCUGGAGGUCGAGCACCUGAGUAUUUGGCAUUGAACGAGUCAGUCAUUGCCUUGGUGAAGUAUUUCUUUGAAAACAAGAAGCCAGUGGCAUCUAUCUGUCAUGGCCAACAGAUUUUAUCUGCUGCUGGUGUUCUCAAGGGAAGGAAAUGUACUGCUUAUCCGGCUGUGAAGCUUAAUGUGGUUCUGUCAGGAGCAACAUGGCUUGAGCCUGACCCUAUAAGCCGAUGCUUCACUGAUGGAAAUCUAGUUACUGGAGCUGCAUGGCCAGGGCACCCUGAGUUCAUUGCUCAGUUGAUAGCACUACUUGGUAUUCAAGUAUCUUUCUAGAUGCACUUUGUGAUGUAAUUAAUUAUCAAUGAAUAAAGCUUGGCAGUCUCCAUAUGCAUUUUGUAUCAAAUAUUAUAUGUAUGUUAAUGUAUUUUACAGUCCUGUAUUUGAAGGACCUAUAAUGUGCAAAAGUAACUAAUUAUGCAUUUUACUACCCCAAAUUUGACAUUGUACUGUAAUUUGGUAUGUCAAAUUUGGUGUAGUAAAGUAAAUUUCAAAAGUUGGAUAUAGCGCGAUAAGGUACCUGAUUAUCUAUGUAUGGACUGAUUUUAUUACAGAGGAGCUGAAUUCAGC